UACACGUAAGUGUGGAUUUCUGCACUUCCUUUUUUUUUUUUUUUUUUCUCUUCCCCUAAAUAUGUACAUACCUCCUAACCCCUUGACCGCAAACAUACGAGAGGUACCAAGUACCUUUAUAAAUGCAGCCCCUGUCCUACGCCAUCCCCUACUUUACGUGGUUUUAUUCUCUUUUCCUCUUCAGCACUACAUUUCCUCUUUAUUUUUCCUAUCAUAAAGAAUAAAAAAAGGAUAAAAAAUAAAAGAAAAGCAUCUCUCCUGAUGGUCUUUUCUGCUGGACAGAUUUAUCAUGGAUACGAUUAUAAUAAACCCGGAGCUACCUCCGAAUGAUGUUACACUUUUACGGAACCUUGCCGAAGACAUUAAAGAAUACCAAGAACGUCGGUCCGGCCCGUCUACCGAGAACGGCGUUACGACACCCAGUCCAGAGACCGCGAAUGGAGCCGAUAAGCAUGGCACCCCGUCGUCUAGAGAUGAGCACGACCUAGCUCGCAUGAAAGCACUGAACGAUCCGGCGCACCAAGACUUCGAGCCAACUAUCUUCUCUUCCGUGGACUAUCGAGAUUUAUCCGCGCGACUACAUCCUGUGAUAUACCAAUAUGUCCUGCAGCCGUAUAUAAAAUGGGCUCAAGGCAUCGCUAGACAUCCUACCGAUGUGAUUAUGAUAACUCACCUUAUACUCUACUUCACCACUUCCGUCCCUAGUGCAAUAUGGCUCUUUUACCACUUUACUUAUUGGCAUGGGAUUAUCCACGCUGCCAUGCAGUUCUACUACGUAGGCGCAUACACGUUGAUGAUGCACCAACAUAUCCACGCGGGAGGUGUGCUGCGUAAACAGUCCUGGAUCCACCUCUUCGACAUAACAUUCCCGUACAUACUUGAUCCGUUGAUGGGUCACACAUUUAAUAGUUAUUAUUACCAUCACGUUAAACAUCAUCACGUCGAAGGCAAUGGUCCGGAUGAUCUAUCCUCGACUAUUCGAUACCAGCGCGAUAACGUCUGGCAUUUUCUGCACUACGUCGGACGUUUCUAUUUCCUGGCUUGGUUGGACUUGCCUCUGUAUUUCCUCCGGAAAGAUCGUCCCACGUUCGCGCUGAAGGCAGCAUUCUGGGAAAUGCUCAACUAUGCUAUGUUCUUAACCCUAUUCAAGCUGAACAGUCGCCCUACGACCUUCGUAUUCCUGCUCCCCUUUAUGCUGCUUCGCUUCGGACUCAUGGUGGGUAACUGGGGUCAGCAUGCGCUCGUGGAUGCCGACGAGCCCGACUCCGACUACCGAUCCAGCAUUACCUUGAUAGACGUCCCUAGCAAUCGAUAUUGCUACAACGACGGGUACCACACCUCGCACCACCUGAACCCUCUGCGGCACUGGCGCGAGCACCCCGUGCACUUCCUGGCCAACAAGCAGACCUACAGCGCGGAGCACGCGCUCGUCUUCCACAACAUCGACUACCUGGAGAUCACGGUCCGGCUGCUGCUCCACCACUACGACCACCUGGCGCGGUGCCUCGUGCCGAUCGGCGAGAGGCAGAUCGCCAUGACACUAGAGCAGCGCGCCGCCUUGCUCAGGCGCUGCACGCGCCGCUUCACGGAGGAGGAGAUCGAGGAGAAGUUCGGGGCGCCGGCCAAGUCCAAGGCCAAGUCCGAGUCCUCCAAGACUAAGUGAUAGUGAUCAAAACGAUCGGUGGCACUGGGGAUUGGGGAGUUUUUCUUCUUUUUUUUUAAAAAAAAAAGAAAAAGAUAAAAAAAGUGACUAGCUCCGGUGGACGGAAUGAGUUUGGACGAAACCUACCUCUUAGGUGGUAUAUUCACUGCCUAGCUCCUUAACGAAGAAAGAUGAGGAGCGUCUUGAAAAGAAAAUCUUAUAAUACCCAUGGACUUUCCGAAUAGACGACUAAAAGAUAGACAGAUAGAUAGAUAGAAGUAGGUAUCUGAGAAAAGUUAAUGAAUACCACGCGUAACAGAAAAAAGUUACUUAGUACAUGUAUCAUGGUCUUUGUUGUGUCACGUCAUGUUCAUGUUCAUG